GCAUUUUUUUUGUACCCCCAACGUAUUAAAUUGGGGUCAUUAUAAAAUGGUGGGUCUGCCCUCUCCUUUAAUGUCAACUUUAUAACUUGGCAGACCGCAUAUUUGCUUUGAUCAUAUUAACUACUCUCGAUCAUCUGCAUAAGCCAAGCAUCAUCCUAAUUAAAAGUUAUGAGUUACAAACCAAGGUUUCAAAAUUUUCGAUGAUAGGAUUUUAAGGAACAAAACAACAAGUUUUGCUUUUCAAUCAACUUUGCAAAUCCACUUCUGACUAUCAAGAAAACAGCUUCAUCCGGAGAUUAUGCCAGGAACUAUGAGAUUAUUGUUCUGUGUAUGUGGUGCUAAGUUUCAAUUUAACAGAUCCUAAUCCGCCACCCCAUUUAGCAAAAGAAAUUUUAUAUUAUAGCUUUUCUGCCGAGUGGUGGUUAGCCUUUAGCCUUCAUCAUUCUUUCAAGUAAAUUAAUGAAAACAGCAUUGGUACACUCACGAUAAAGCAUUAAUAGAGAGACAAGGACGGGACCCUUGUUGCCAUGACUUUCUCUCUUUUUCAUCAGUGACUGGUGGCUACAACCCUUGAACCCAAAUCUUGUCUGAUCAUCUUUUUUACAUCUUUUUAUAUUUUUUUUCUUUCUUUCUUUACUGACUCCCUCUUACCCGCAACACUAGAGGCCAAGAACGGUACCGAGAUUUAAGCAUCAUAUUUAGUUUUAUACUAGUAGUUGUUUUUGCAGCUCUGCAAAAGAAGAAAAAAAAAGUGUUUUUCAUUCUUUUUCUUGGCUUUAGUGGUUGAUUGAUUGUAAGGAGUGAAAAUGAACGAAGAGAUGAAUGGAGUUGGCGUCGAGCAUCAAGAAAUUGUUCCUGAGAAAAUAGACUACGUGUUUAAAGUGGUGGUGAUCGGUGACUCAGCUGUUGGCAAGACUCAGAUUCUCUCCAGGUUUACCAAGAAUGAGUUUUGCUUUGAUUCCAAGUCCACCAUUGGGGUUGAGUUCCAGACCAGGACUGUUACCAUUAAGAGAAAAGUCAUCAAAGCCCAGAUCUGGGACACUGCUGGCCAAGAAAGGUACCGAGCAGUAACAAGCGCAUACUAUAGAGGUGCACUAGGGGCAAUGCUAGUUUAUGACAUCACCAAGAGACAGAGCUUUGAUCACGUAGCGAGAUGGGUCGAGGAGCUACGGGCCCACGCUGACAAUUCCAUUGUGAUAAUGCUGAUUGGAAACAAGGCUGAUCUAGUGGACCACAGGGCGGUUCCAACUGAAGACGCUGUUGAGUUCGCAGAGGAUCAGGGCCUAUUUUUCGCCGAGACAUCCGCUCUUAGCGGUGACAACGUGGAUAAAGCAUUUUUCAAGCUGUUGGAUGAAAUUUACGAUGUGAUGUGUAAAAAAUCUUUGGAAAGCGGAAAUGGGAAAUCCAACGGUGGCUAUCAUGCCACGGCGUUGAAAGGAUCAAAGAUUGAGUUGAUCGCUGGUUCUGAUUUAGAAAUAAGUGAGAUGAAAAAAUUAUCUACAUGCUCUUGUUGAUUUUGUUUUUAAAGGACGAGAAUGCCUGGUUUCUUUUCCCUUCUUUCUUGGGUUGUUCAUUAUAUUUUUUAAAUUAAAUCAUAGCACAUUAUAAAUUAUAUAUUUGUGAUAAGAAAACCAUGCAUCUCAAGUAUUUGGGUGAUAUUGCCUUUCCCCCUACUUUGAUGUGUUGUUAAAUUUAAG